AUGGAAGAAGCUGAAGCUGAGACAGAGGACGUCAAAACUCCUCAUGUCAGCGAGCCUGUGCCUCACCAGGGAAAAAAAUACUACAUGGAGUUUGAUAAUUUGCUGUAUCCUGGAGUUCCAGAUUUACCAGAAUAUGUGGUGUCAGCAACACUUGACGGCAAUGUGAUCAUUCAGAAUACUCUGGGCUGUGACUGGGAUGAUGAAACUGAUAAUGUUACUGGUCAUAUAGAGUAUGGUGCUAAUGGAGAAGACUUCAUUACAUUUGAAAUGAAGAAAUGGACGUGGAUUGCGAUAAAUCCGAAGGCUGAAGCCAUUACGAAGGAGUGGAAUGCAAACAACGACCGUAAGAAGUUUUGGAGGGACUUCCUUCUCACAGAUUGUCCAACCAUUUUAAAAUUGUUUGUGAGAUAUGGAAAAACGUACCUGAGCAGAAAAGUUCUUCCCUCAGUGUUUCUGCUCCAGAAGACACCCUCCUCCCCAGUCACUUGUCUUUCAACUGAUUUCUUCCCUGAAAAAGCCAGCAGUUUCUGGAGGAAAGAUGGAGAGGAGAUUCAUGAAGGGGUAGAACAUGGAGACAUUCUUCCCAAUGAUGAUGGAUCCUUCCAGAUGAGUGUCGACCUGGAAGUGCUCUCAAUCCCACCAGAAGUCUGGGGGAGAUACGAGUGUGUGUUUGAGCUCUCUGGUGUGCAGAAUUAUGUUGUAACCAAACUGGACCAAGACACAAUCAGAAGCAACAAUGCAAAAAGUCCAUUAACCACAACCAGCAUUGCCGUCAUUGCUACGAUGGGAUGUGUUAUCGUCAUCAUCGUUGUUGCCUUGGCAUCCAUCUCUUUCAAAAAGAUACAUUUGGCACACCGCACAGAGAGAUCUUCUACACCAUCCUCAGACAUUGCCUUGGACACCACCCCAGACACCGGCUGGGACACUGCCUCGAACACUGGCUCUCUCUAAGAAACUGAUCCAGACAGGAAGUGCUUCAGCAGGAGGAAGCAUUAUGGGCUGAUGUUGUCCCGCUCAGGUGUCCUGUUGAAACCAGCCCUAGCGGCAUGGGUUGGGGGGCUACUGUUGUUUUUUACCCUGGAGUGGCAAAUUUUCCAUUAUUCCUAUCUUUGACAUGUCAAUCAUACAAUUCAACUGAUCAAUUCAACAACUAAAGUCAAUAUACUAGCCAAUUACAGCUGGAGAAGGGCGGGUCACUGAGUCAUACAUUCGUAGCUUGCAUAGACACAAGGGUUUGGCUGUUAUCACCAUUGCUGGUGCUGUAUAGAAAUAAAUACAAGAACUGACAACCGAGCAAAUGAGAGCGAGCAGGAAGCAGCGGCAUUGAUUUCUGUUGGGAAAGUCAGCACUGAAGUCAACAUUGGAAUAAACAUCCAUGCUUGGAGGCUUAGCUAUGGCAGCUAGGGAGCACAAGGAGCAGAACUGAGCAAACUCAGCCAAAUCGAAGAAACUUUGGUUUCUUGCAGACAUAAAGGAACACUGCUUUGUUCUGAUCCUUGUGCUGCCAAGCUGCUGUAGUUAACUCUGCUAGAAUGCAUUUUUCUUCAGUGUUCAGCCUGACAUUAGUGCUUGUUUGUCACAGUGCUUGUUUGCCACAGUGCUUAUGCUUGACUUUUGAGUUAAUUGAAUGGACACAGCACUACAUUCAGUGUUACUUCACACACAA